CCUUCCGGGUGGCGGCGGCGGUGGAGCCCGAGCGGAUAUGGAUAACAGGAAGGAUGAAAAAAGCAGGACGCUGUGUGCAACCUCAGAAGAAGGGCUGAAGGCCCGAGGAAAAGAAAAAAGGAAACGAAAGCGCAGCAGAAGCAGAUCCUCAUCGGUUUCAUCCACAUCAUCUUCUAGCAGUUCUUCUACUUCUUCCUCCUCGUCACGCUCAUCAUCAAGGUCAUCUUCAAGCAGUAGUAGUAGAGAUUCCCCUAAAUCUAAAUCAAAGAAAAAGAAAAAAGAAAAACACAACAAGAAGAAAAGGAAAAAGGAGAACAAAAUGAAGAAAAAGAAAGAAAAGAAGAAAAGGAAAGAGAAAACAGGACCUGUCCAGCUUUCCAAGUUCUUCAAAAAYAAAAAGAAGAAUGAAAACUACAGCAUGAUAACCGGAAAGAAAAUAAAGAUGAAAAUAAAGAAGACUAAGGAAGAUAUAGAGAGGGAUCGGAACCGUGCACAGCUCCUGGAAUUUCUGAACUCUGCCUUGUAACGGGAAGAGYGCUCACCAAGGACCUGCAGAUGUACCAAGCCAACCAUCUUCAUGCCUAGCAAAACACUAAAGGGAAACUCAGGGAAAAGGACGCCGAGUUGGACAAGACCAGACCUUCCUACUGAGAAGGCAAUUGGGGUGACCUUUUUUAAUGGCAAAACGARGAGUAGCUAAUAACUUGUUAAUGAAGAUCCAUGUGCUCCUUUUGAGAUCCUAAGGUAAUAGCCAGGCUGUGGUGUUCUAGGAAAGCCCAGGUGUGUGUGGUUCACAAUGAUAAGAAAUGACACACUGAAGUCCAGUAAUGUAAUUUCUAUCGUAACUGCAUGCARAAUGCACUCUUGAUUUCAAAUGUCUUAAUUUUUCUAGUAGUUUAAGCAGAGUAUUUGUAAAUGUUUAUUCRAAAGAUGAGGUGUUUCUUUUAUGUAUAUUUUUUUCUGGUAGUGGUUAUGCUUAUCUUAAAUAGAACAUUGUAAAUGUUCUUUGUAAAUAGAACAUGCUUUUACAUAAAUGAUUUUUUUUGAAAGUUYA